GGCCGUUGCGCCGCGUGUGCUUUCGUGGGCGAGUACGGCAGCCGCGCGGGGUCAGUCCCGGUCUUCCUUUCGAACUCGGGAGGCAGAAGGAAGCGGCGGCGAUGGCUCCCAAGGGCGGUAGUGGCGGCAGCGGCGGCGGGGCCCGGCAGCAGUCGGAGGAGGAGCUUCUCCUGCAGGAUUUCAGCCGCAACUUGUCGGCCAAGUCGUCGGCGCUCUUCUUCGGCAACGCGUUCAUCGUCUCUGCCAUCCCCAUCUGUGAGUGAGGAAGGAUUGGGUUGCCACGUCUCCCUCUCUUCCCCCUGGAAGAGCUGCUCUGUCAGCAGCGGGGGAGGCAGGGAUCCAACCCCCCCCCCACGCGAGGCUCCUCCCGGGGCGCGGGAUAGGAAAGGCCGCAGGAUUUCGGGGUUCGAAGGGGACCCCCGAAGGUCAUCCAGCCCAACCCCCUGCUGCAGUGCAGGGGGCACAGCUAAAGAGGCCCUGACGGACGGCCCUCCGACCUAGAAUCACGGAAUUGCAGAAUUGGAAGGGAUCCCCCCUGGGGUCAUCUAGUCCAACUCCCUUACUGCAAUACAGGAAUCUGAACUUAAAGCAUCCGUGACAGAUGAGGCUAUUUAACUUCUGCCUGAAAACCUCUCAAGGAAGGUGUGCCCCACCCAGUGUUAGGAACGGGAGAUAGGAAAGCUAGUAGCUAAAUGGCACCUUAAACCUAGGAUACGGGCGCCACAAUGCGCUUUUUUAAAAUAACAAGAAUACAAAGCUGAAAAUGAAUGAAUGGCAGCUAAAAUAUUAAGUUUAUUUUCCACACGGUCUGGUCCUUCCCCUGUGCACCCCCCUAAUAUUCUUAAGAAGAUCUCCAGUCUCUGGAGAGUAGCUGGAAGUGGGAAGGCAGAAAAAGGUCCUCCUUUCCUUCCACUCUGCAGUUUUAAUCUGAAAUCUUAGGCGCAGUACUGUCACAAAAAUGUGCCUAAAACAAUGGGAGUUUGACGAAGAAACUACAAUUACUGUCAGAAAUUUCUUCCUGGUGUUUAGUCGGAAUUUCCUUUCUUGUAACUUGAAUCGGCACAUAUUCCAACUGUCCAUAUUGUUCUUAAGCUUAAAAUGGCAUUUCUUCUUCCUCUUAAGGGUGGCUUCUGGCCUUCUCUUAACCUCAAAGCUGUUAUUCACUGUGGACACGCAUUGCAGUGGGAUAUAAGAAAUAUUAUUAUUAUUAAAAUAUGUCUCUCUUUUGAACAUCACAAAGAGAAUAUGGAAGCAUUGCUAUGUGGUUCAUAUUAUCCACUUCUUUGGUAUAGAUUGAGUGAGGCAGAAAAGGUGACAGCUUAUAAUAUAUACAGUGGUACCUCGGGUUACAUACGCUUCAUGUUACAGACUCCACAAACCCAGAAUAGUACCUUGGGUUAAGAACUUUGCUUCAGGAUAAGAACAGAAAUUGUGCUCCGGCGGUGCAGCAGCAGCGGGAAGCCCCAUUAGCUAAAGUGGUGCUUCAGGUUAAGAACAUUUUCAGGUUAAGAACAGUUUCAAGUUAAGAACGGACCUCUGGAACGAAUUAAGUACUUAACCCGAGGUACCACUGUACUUCAGGCUCCAUGCAAGAUUAUAGAAGUGCCUGUAUACCACUGAUUCUCACUAAAGGGGAUAAUGAGACAAAUAAACAAAAUUGGGGGGUCAUCUACAUUUCCAUUAGCCCAUCCACUUCUCCCCUAGUAAAACACGGUUUAGUGUUGAAUUGGAACAACAGCAACUGAGUUUCCUGUGGAUUGUUGUUCUGUAUGGGUUUCCUGGGGGAAAGUGGCUGUGCAAAGGCAAAACCACAGACCUGUGCCUAGAAAGCACUAGACAAGCAGUAAACUGCCCAAACCUGUGUUUUCUAGGCACAGGACAAGUGGAAGUGUGGAAAGCCCUAAGUCAAGUUUCUAAAGUCUGCGUGUGUUUUAAGGAUUUGAAGAGCAAAAGGUUUCAAAAACUAUUUAGAAUAAUAGACCACUAGGUGGCAUUGCUACACCUUUGUUGGGUGUUAUAAUGUUCGUUGAUUGUAGUUAGUAAAAUGAAAAGAGAAGACAAAUGUGCUUGAAAUCAGUUUCAUACAAUGCUUCUAAAGCUAUUCAUCCUUGUGAAUGUGGCAUUCUGUUAGUUGUUGGGUCAGUCCAAAGAUGGCGUAUUUCUUUCACUUUCAGAUAUUCCCUUUCCUUUAUUAUUUUGCAUGCUGCUGUUCAGGCAAAGGAAGACAUAUGUGGUAGAAGGUAGAAUACAAGAUUAUCCAAAACAGUAUGUAAACUAGAGAUACAUUGUUCAGUUAAUCAACAUGAGUAGCUGCCUUAUAUAGAGGUGGGCCCGUUGGUCCAUCUAGCUAAACUGACUGGCAGUGGCUUUCCAGGGGUUAAAACUGGAGACACGUUCUGCGUAUAAAGCAGAUGCUCUAGUGCUGAACUGUGACCAUUCUUUUGAAUGAAGAAGGAAACUUUAAUAAUAAGACAGGAUAUCUAGUUGAGAACGCCUUGAACAAAUCGAGUCAUUCAUGUGCUGUCUGGCCUGCUGUGCCACUUACUGUGAAGACUUCAAAAAUCUUAACCACCUGCACAAUGUCUUUUCCUUAGGGCUCUACUGGCGAAUAUGGCACAUGGAUCUUGUUCAGUCGGCAGUUCUCUACAGCGUUAUGACCCUUGUCAGUACAUAUCUGGUGGCUUUUGCCUACAAGAAUGUAAAGUUUGUUCUUAAGCACAAGUAAGCAUUUGGACAGUUCAUUUAUAUUUCUAGCGCUUGGGAUGGGUUAUGAUGUUUAUGGGGAAAAUGCACGGGAGGUAGCAAGCAUCUUGUGAUAUCCCCUCAGACUACAUCACCCUGGCUACUAAAAACAAUUUCAGAUCAGCCUUGCUAUAUUUCUGGAGAUGGCCUUUGGAGGGUCUAUGAAGCAAGAAAGUUCCAGAACUAGGCAAUAUCCGUUAAAGUUAAUAUCAUAGCUUUACAUGAACUUUAAUUUUGGACAAAAAAUAUUUUGAAUGGACAUUUUCUUCGGAAGAGCACUUGUACUUUUUCUUAGACCAGGGUGGUCCAAUUUUUUGUACCAAGCAGCCUGCAUUAGUACUUCAACACAGAACUCGCAGGCCACACAAUGAAUUCCAUUUCCAUAUAGUAAAUUAACAUGUUCACAAUAGGUUUAGUAAUACUUAAAAAAACAAUUAAUAUAUAUAAUUAAAUACACAAUUAAUAGAUUUAAUUAUUAAACAAAUUUAAUACUCAAACAAAUGUAUGCACUUUUGUUAAGAAUGCAUGACACAAAAAAUAAAGCUUAAAGAUUUUUUUUAUCUUGAACAUUGCUGAGGGCUGCCAAAAAUGCCUUGUGGGCUGCAGGUUAGACUAUCCUGACUUAGACCCUAGUAAAUAUUCAUGCAUCCUGCCCCUAGCUGGAUGGUUCCAACUGUUUGUUUCUCCUUCAGUGAACUCUGUGUUGUACCUAACAGUUAUAUUCGGAGUAAACCUACAAACAUCAAAUGGGCCUAAGUUAGUCCUGGCUAUUCUUUUCAGCGAACCCAUUAACAUGGGUUACAACCCUGUGAUUGGAACCGUUGAGAUGGGGCUUGCCGGCCUUGUGGCUCCGCCAUUUGGGCAGUGGGUCUUUCACAUCACAUUCCAGUUCAUACCUAAUGGCACUUUCAAGGUGAUGUGCAGAGGGCAUUUUAUGAAAUGGCUAGUAUCCUUGAAUUUAUUCUGAUCUCCCCACACCCAAAAUAUCAGGAAUGUAAAAUGCUUUCUCUUUCAGAGUAGCCCAGAAGAGGGAAGAUGCCGUUUCCAAAGAAGUAACUCGAAAGCUCUCUGAAGCAGACAAUAGGAAGAUGUCGCGCAAGGAGAAAGAUGAGAGGUGACAGUCAAAUGCAUUGUACAGCUUUGUUUGCAGGCAACCUGAAUUACACUCCUCUGUUCAUAAAGAGGGAUUUAUUUCUGUGGUUUUGUGUUUGUUUUGACUUGGCUUGUUGAUUACCACCAUCUUUAUGCCUACUUUGUUUUCGGCUGAUUGUGUUUCAGAUGUCACCAGUAUUUUUUAAAAGCAGCAUGGUUUGUGUAUAGUUCACCAUUUUAUAUAACUUGAUGCAUUAGAAAUGCUUUAAAAAGCGUUUUAUCAUCCUAAAAAGCUCUUCAGUGGUGCUAGAUUGAAUACUUGGCAGUAACUUCCCAACCUAAGCUUCCAAUUCUUCAUUAAGUUACUAUUUCAUAGCAGGAGAUUCAAUCUUGCUUUAUUGUUUGAGUUAUGUGUUUGUUUGUUUUUAAAAAGAUCUCUAAUAGCUAGAAACAAAGGCUAUAUUCAGAUAGCAAUUUUUCCCCUUUCUCCUGUUGCACCCAUACCUGAUAAUUCCAAAAUUUUAUGCAAUCUUUCACACAGUGUAAAAACUGCUUUUGGAAAUCUAAUGGAAGUUUGUCGCUCAUUACUGUGUUUCCAAAAAAACGCUCUGUUUGCCUAUUGACAGCUGGCAGGUGCCUUCACUGUACUCCUUUUGACUCUUAAAUAAAAAAAUCAUUUUUUCAGAAACUGGAAUUUAGCAUCUAGGUCAUUUGUCAGUGGAAAAAAUAUGCCUAAAUUGUUUGAAAUGCUGCUUUCGCCUCUGCAGAAUUUUGUGGAAGAAGAACGAAGUAGCAGACUACGAAGCAACAACAUUCUCCAUCUUCUACAACAAUACACUCUUCCUGGUCUUGGUCAUCAUUGCUUCAUUUUUUUUGUUGAAGAAUUUCAAUCCCACCGUGUAUCCUUUCCUUCCAAAAAUUUCAAGUACUUUGAGAUAGAUGGGUUGCAUAAGUUAGGUGCUGUAGCUGUGCUCUCAAGGGAUAUAGUUUCAGGGCCUGUAAUUCAAAGAAUCCAGACACAUUAUGGAUACAAUUGUAGCAAGAACAGACAACUUUGCACAUGCCACCACAACUGUAGAGCAAAUAGUUCCUGGGCACCAUGAGGACAAAGCAAAUAGUCCUACCAGCAAUAGAACAGAACAGAAUAUAUGGACAGUAUUGUGACACUAUUUUAUUAGUGACUAAAUUAUAGGGAUGUGUGGGGUAUAAAUAAUAAAAUUAUUUUUAAAAAAUAUUACAGUGACCAGGUAACUGAAUGUUACUGAAGUGGAGGUACUUGGGACAUUCAGGUUCUUAAUCUCUGUGAAAAGUUUCCAGUCCUCCUUAGGAUUCUCCCACCCUCUGGAAAUACAGGCAUUCUAAAAAUUAAAAAAAAGCUUUUAAUGGCAACUGCCAUAUUUUCUGUCAUUUUCUGUAAAUAUUUCUUCCCUUUUGCACAGCCACCAGUAACCCACAAACAGAAAGGAGCCUCUGUUGAUGUGGGGAAGCUUUUGUGACAUCAUUGAUACUCAUUCUAAAGUCAGAUAUAUAAACUAAUUGCCAAAUGGCACCUUAAACCCUGGUUACAGUUGCCACGGCAGAAUGUCUAGGCACAAUUAUUUCGUCAAGGGAAUUUAUUAUUAUCACUAUUACUCAUUUUAUUUCUAUAUUCAUUUUAUUUAUUUAUUUUAAUUUAUAUUUUUAAGAGAAAAUCUCAGAGUGGUUUGUAACGCCUUAAAAUAACAAAUAAAACAAUACAGAACAAAACAGAUUUAAGCUUCAAGGAAAAUAUUUCAGAUCCUUCUCUAAGUUACAUUUACUUUCCCCAUAUUUAUUUACCUACUUAAUGUAUAGAGCUGUCCUGUAGCAGAAGUACUCUAGGAAGAUGGUGUGGUGCAGUGGUUAGAGUGUCGGACUAGGACCUGGGAGAUCAGGGUUCAAAUCCUCACUCAGUCAUGAAGUUCACUGGGUGACCUUGGGCCAGUCACAGCCUCGUAACCUACUUCGCAGGGUCAUUGUAGGGAUUAACUGAGGAGCGGGUGAACCAUGUACUCUUUGGGGGGAAAAGGUGGGAUAUAAACACAGUAGAUAAACUCUUCUGCUUACCUGCUUAAGAAACCUGGAGAGGCCAGCCAGAUGGAGAUAUCAGUCACUAGCCUGGUGUCCAGAGAUCUCCACAUGGUUGCAAUUGGGUAAUUUCUAACAUUAUUCUAGAGCUGUUUCAAGGGGUCAGUGUUUCCCAUGGGCACAAGUACUGCUGUUUGUGCCAAGGUCCUGCACAGUACAGGUGAACUGUGUGUAGGCUUUAUGCUCAGGGUAGGUUACUCCAGAUGUGGCUUCCUGCAGGGCUUUCUCCAACCAGCUUAACUUUAUAUGGGAGUCAAUUGAUAGGUUUUCUGGCGCCAGGUAGGAUUGCUUUUCAGCCACAGUGGCACAUUCCUCAGCUGUUCCAUAGGACUGGGCUAUAGGUACCAGGGCAACAGCUUAUUCUACUGGAGGGUUGCUUUUGAGGAGCAGAUGGGUGGAAGUCAAGGGUCUUGCUUCCCUCUCCAGUUGCGAUUGCAAGCCAGUCCUUUGACCACAAGCUCCUCUACUUACUUAGAAUCAUAAAACAGCAAAGACCUGAUGAAGAGAGCACAGCAGAGGUUAUAUUUUCUGAGAAUUCUCUGGAAAAACAAUCUCUCAAAGGACCUGUUGAUUGCCUUUUACCAUUGUACUGUUGAGAGUGUAUUAACUUAGGGUCUGUGUGUGUGGUUUGGGAGCUGUACGGUCAGGGAAAAAACAAUGCUGUCCGGGGUUGUAAGGACUGCGGAGAGAAUAAUUGGGGGCACUCUUCCCACCUUGGAUCAAAUCUAUGCUUCCAGGUGCCGUAAGAAAGCUGCAGAGAUAGUGAUUUCUUUCAGCUUCUGCCUUCUGGAAGAAGGUACAGGGUUAUAAAGACUAGGACUAGCCGUCUGAGAAACAAUUUCUAUUCAAAUGCGAUUUUGGUUUUAAACACAGUGUAAGGUAGUCUCUAUGGGAGUAUGUUGUAUUUAAUUAUGGGGUAUCAGAGUUUUUAGGGGGCUAACCAGGCUGGGAUAGCAGGCUUGUUGGGUUUUGAAUGUCUGAUGUAAUUUUUUUCAAUUUCAUUGUUCUGUAUAGGACAGUGACAAUAAAGAUUAUCGUAUCAUAACUGCUCUUGGAAGGGACCCUGGGGUGGGGUCAUCUAGUCUAGCGCCCUGCGAUGCAGCGAUCUUCUUUGCCCAGCGUGAAGCUCAAAUCCACGACCCUAAGCUUAAAGAGUCUCACACCCUACCAACUGAGCUAUCUGGGAUGGGAUACAUAGUACUUGGUUUCAUUCUUGGACUUGGGAUAAUAGAUUCCUAUUUAUACGACAUCCUGUUUUUGUAGCAGUUGCAUUGGUAGUGAGCAUUGGCAGAUAUACUUACCAUCCUGAGUGUUUGGGCUUUCAUCCUUAACAUGCUGCUUUAUCAGAAACUACAUCCUGUCCAUCAGCGCUUCGUCUGGAUUGAUUGCUUUGCUGUCUACAGGUUCCAAGUAGACAGAAUUGUUUGGAUAGAUCAGUCCUAUCCAGUCACACUCAGCAGCCUGGAUAGAGAGGUGUUGCUUUUUUAUAGCUUGAAAACAUGAGAAACUAUUUUUUACAAGAAAACAGAAAGGAAACACAGAUUAUGGUUCUUUCAUAAAAUAACAAAAAUGAGUGCACCAGGUAAUGUCAUUUUAGCUCAUGAAAUUGUUUUUCAAAACACAAAUAUGUUACAAAUAAGUUUCUCUUUUUUUCUGCCAGUGAGAUGGGCUUUGUUGACUUCGAGCAGUGACUUCAUCCCGUAAUCUUUUGUAAUCAUGUUUGAAUAAAAGCUUAAAAGAAAAUACAGCCUGAAGCUUCUUCCAUU